AACCUUCCACUUUCCCAAGUUUAAUUAAUCACUAAACUUAGUGCCCUACACAUUCCUCUCUCUCUCUUGUCAUCCAAACAACCAUCUUCACAUUUCUUCUCUGCUCCAACUCCUUCACUCUUCCUAAUAUCUUUGUCAAAACUCAAACUCAAUCUAGAGUCUCUGUGUAUUGUCUAUAUUCAUAUUCCGGGUAGAUGAUGGUGGUGGUGAUCAGAAGCAGGUGCUCUCACACUUCCCACAUCACUGAAAUUAUUAUCACCAGCUUCUUUCGCCACAAGCUCUAAGUCACAAGUGUUUCCAUAUACAACUACCACAAAAGUAGUCUUUAACAAAGAAAAAAGAUACACAAGAUCAGGCCCAUCUUCGGUUCUUGAUCACAACUCUUUAUGGCGGUUUCUUGAUCAGGUUCUUUAAUACAGCGAUUCUGCAGCUAUGGCUGGUCCAGAAUUGUUCUACGGCGAUGCCGCUGGUUUUAAUGGUAUUCUGCUUCAGAACCAGAGGCUUAUGUCUUCAUUUGCUACAAAAGAGGCUGUUGGUUCUCCUGCUUCUUUCCUUGCCUCCGGUUCCAUGGUCAGCUUUGGUGGUGUAAACGGAGGGAACAUAUCAGAUAGGUCAUUCUUUCAGUCAGUCGAAGAGAAUGAAACAGAUGAGUUGGAGGAAUAUUUACAUCAACCGGAGAAAAAGAGGCGACUUACAGCUGACCAAGUACAGUUUCUUGAGAAGAGUUUUGAGGUGGAGAACAAACUGGAACCAGAGAGAAAAGACCAGCUUGCUAAAGAGCUCGGUUUGCAACCUCGCCAAAUAGCGAUUUGGUUUCAGAAUCGUCGUGCACGAUGGAGGACAAAACAGCUCGAGAAUGAUUAUGAGGCGCUGAGAAAUAAAUAUGACAAUCUGAAAGCAGACUAUAUCAAUCUUGUCAAAGAGAAGGAUGAUCUAAGAGCUCAGGUUAUCCAGUUUACUGAUAUGCUGCUACACAAGGAGAAAGAAAAGGGGGAACUGGCUACUUCUGAUAUAAAGGAACUUUCCGAUGCAUCGCCAAAAGAAAACAUGAUUGAUCCAGUUUUGGAGGAUGAAAUGUCCACACUGUCAGCUAUUGCCCUUAAGCAGCACAAAGACUUGAAUUCUGUUAAAAGUGAUGUGUUUGAUUCAGAAAACCUGGUGCAAUCCUCUAUCUUAGAUCAGGGUGAUUCUUCUUAUGCAUUUGAACCUGACCAGUCAGAUUUAUCUCAAGAUGAAGAAGAAAACUUGAGCAAGAAUCUGGUUGCGAAGGUUGUACAUGAUCAUUAUCCCAUGACAUCCUCAAAUUUGAGCUGCUUUGGAUAUCCAGUUGAAGAUCAGGGCUUUGGUUUCUGGUCUUUUUAAGUUCUUGAGUUUACGUAAUAUAUAGUUACAUGUCCUUUGUUUGAUUUGAUUAUGGUGGUGUCCGGGCAGCAGCUUAUAUGCAACUCGCGACUCUGAGUACCUGCUACCUUCCACUCUCUCCAUCUAGUUGGAGACAGGGCCAUAGGCAGUACAUUUUGAAGGAACAAAGUUCCAAAGUAUGGGUCACUUAGUUGGGAACUUUUGGGUAUUGCGCUUUAUAAUCCUAUUGUAGCAAAGUGCUUUAUCUUGUUCAUUGUACCUCUCGUGAAGUUUUAACUUUUGUCAACUAAUUUCUGAGUCUCAGCCAUUAAUUGGAAGUAAUAUUCUGAUGAAUACUAUGAAUAAAUCCAUAAACAUGUAAAAUGACAUGAUUUUACCAAAGGGCUAUUGCUUCUUUGGUGUCUUGAAUUGUUAAAUUCUAUGAUGUUCCAAUUGA